AUGAUAAAUUCAUCUCUGGAAUUUGGCAUGUUUUCCUCUGCGUACUUCUUUCUGGAUCCACUCCUUAUCUUUAACAGUUCUUCUCACUCCAUGGACACAACUGUCUUGCUUCAGAAUCUAAAUGAAGAUUUCACCAAUCUCCGACCUUAUGACCUUUCUUCAGCAAAACUAUCAAGCCAAUCAGUUAUGAACUUUUUGGGAGUAUCUCCAGCAAUAGUGAACUUGCCAGUUACCAAUGAAUCUGAAAAAAAAUCUCUUUCAAUGAAACAUGGACCUCCAAAGUAUAAGCCUCCAGUUCAGCCUCUAUCAAUGCCAGUAACAGCUCUUUCAUCAAGUGGACCUCUGUCAUCUUUACAGUGUGUAACUCUACCAACUCAAAGAGUACUUGACAGAUCAGAACAUUUUUCUAGAGACAGAGUCAGCACUCCAAGUAAUGAAGGAACAGUUUCACCAAGAAAUGAUAAAAGAAACAAAUCUGAAACAGAAUUGUCUGACACAAAAGGUUCUGAAACUUCAGGUGGUUCUUUGGACUUGAAAAGUCUCCAAGAACUAACAAUAACUGAAAGUGAUACACCUCUUCUGGAUUCAGGUUCUGAAAGAUGUGUAAUUGAUUCUGACUCUGAUAGAGGCAUUAGUUCAGACUAUGACAUGGAAAAAUACUCAAAAGACUCUAGCUCAGUGAUUUGGGGAACAGAUUCAGAUUCAGAAAAAGGCCCCAGAUGCUUCGACUCUGCAAAACUUCUGUUAGAAGGAAAAGGCUUCCAGAUCGAUUCAAGCUUUGUAGAAGUUCUGAUGAAACCAGAGCAGCGUAUGGUGAGAAUUGAAGAGUGCCAUGUGGAAUCUGGCUCUCUGAGACACUGGAUGGAUUCAAGUUCAGAAAAAUGUUUAGAAGAUUCUGACUCUGAAAAAUACUUGUUGGACUCUGAUAAUGGAAAAAUGGACAGAGAUUCAGGCUCAGAAAAAUUCCACAUGACACUCCCAUCUGAGAAACAGACAUCAGAGAUCGAAAAAAGCCAAAUGAUUUCAGAUUCUGUAAAAUGUCUGAUGGAAUCGGAUGGAUUGAUUGACAAGGAAAAAGUCUGCAGGAUCUCUGCUUCUGAAAGGCGUGUAACAACCUCAGACACAGAAAGUGGUAGAAUGGAACCACCCACUGCACCUACAGUGCACGUGAUGAAAAAAGAAAAACACCAGAAAAUUGGUUCUAAACGAUACAACAUAGACUCUGACUCAGAGUUAAGUGGGAUAGACUCAGACUCAGAAAAGCUUGAGCUAGGCUCAGCUGUGAAAUAUCUCAUAGAUACGAAACCAUUUCAGCUAGGCACUACUGCUGAGAAUCUUUGGAAGGAGUCUUGGUCUGAAAUACAAGCACUGAACUUGGACUUUGAAAGCCCGAAGAAGAUCUCUGAUACUGGUGAACACAUGAGGAAGGCUAAAACUUGCCAUGGUUCUGCUAACUUGCCAAGAUUCCAAAUGGGCUUCAAAUCUGAUUCUAGAAGAAGCUGGAUAGAGCCUGAAAGGCAAAAAUCGGACUAUGAGUAUAUUGGACGCCGAAGUAGAUCCAGAAGAUCUCAAUAUCGAUCUGUAAGACUUCAGGAGAGCUCUGAAGAAUGUCCGGAUGACCUUCAAAGCUAUUGGGAUAACUUCGAAAGGGAGCGACUGAAGUCUAAUUCUGAAAAACAGACAAACAUUGAAAAGGGAAAAGACAAAGAUGAGUCAAAAGAUAAAGCAAAACCAAAGGAGACAAAGUUUGGAAAGGAAGGAUUUAUUCUGGCUGAAAAAAGAGGCAGACCUGACAUAGAGAUUGAAACUGAAAAAGAACAGAGAAUCGCUCUUGAUCGUGAAAGACAAUCUCAUGAAUCAGAAAGUGAAACGCAUAGGCUGGGUGCUCGCAAAAAGGCUAAUCGCCCUCAAGGGUUUUGGAGGCCACUUUCCAUGCCCCUUCCACUUCCCCAAAGAAAGAAAACUGAACAAUACACCAUACCACAACGAGAUAACAGAGUUUCCAGAAUACAACUUGUGAGAUACAUGAGUGAUGACAAGAUUGUGAGAUUCAAAGAGGAUUCUCAAGCUCUCAGAAACAACGAAGCUUCACAGCAAAAAACGGAAUCAGACAGCCUCAACAUUUCUCCAGACCCAAAUACACUCACAGAUGAGAAGCCUCCCAGAAAAAUGAGUCGUAAAGUAUCUUACAGCAAGAAUCGUUCCCAGGACUUCACGGGUGAUGACAAUUUUCAGGAUCUUUGGUCUCAAAUUGAUCUUACUAAACUCAUAAGUCCUGAGAGUUUUAUGUCUGCUGUACCAGUCCCUUCAUGCAGUACAACUUCUAAGUCUGUCAUUCGUACCAAGGUUCCAAGAGAGAGUACAAUUUCUUUGCCCGUGGGCAAUCAAAAAUGCACCAAAUGUUUUAAGGAAAUCAAGAGCUCUCUUUCCCAUAUAUGUGUUGUGGAUUCUGAUGAUGAUUCAGACUCUGACCAUCCUUUACAACUCCAUUUUCCAUCAGAGACUAAACGUUCUCCAGGCCCCAAAUCUCGUAGACACUGCAAGUCUUCUCAGAGGAUCUCUUUAUCUCAGUCCCAAGAUCCUGGAUCUCCUGUGGAAAUCCGUUGUUCUGUACACCAAGAAACUCCUAAAUUUUUGCAUUGUGACAGUUGUGUAGCUCUCCAAAAGCUCAUUGGCUCCACUAUUGCUGCUACCUUUCCCAUGGACUCCCAAAGUACUACGGGCCAACACAGAACAAGUCCUGAAACUGAAGAUAAUUCUGACAAUGACAUUCAACCUUCUAGUCCUGAAAAAUACAGAUAUAAAUCAAGUACUAAAAUGAAACCUCUUCCCAAACAUGAGAUAGCCCGUGAAGAUGAGACAAACUCUGAAGAUGAUGCAGAUGUUGAAGAUGAAGCAGAUAGUGAAGAUGAAGAUGACAGCAAUGAUAAGAAAGAUCCCAAAGAUAAGUCUGAUCCUGAUGACACUGAUCCAAAGGACAGCAACUCUGGAAAUAGUACUGAUAGCAAUGACGGAUCUGAUCCUAGCAGUGGUUCUGGCCCUACAAGUGAUGCCAAUUCCGACAGAGAUGAUGACCCUAACGAGGGUGAUGACCCCAACAGUGCACCUGAUUCUAACAUCGAGAGUGGCCUUAAUGAUGAUAUUCAUUGCAAAUGCAGUACUAAUCCUGAAGAGGUCAUUUACACCAAAAGUGCAGGCAAUGCUUCAAGACUAUUUACUGAUGUUGACUGUGAAAAUAUUGCUGAUGCCAGAAGUGACAUGAAUCCAAACAACACCCCUGAGUCCCAAAAUGCAAUUAUUCUGGAUUGUACUUCUACUUCCAGCAAUGACAUGUGGCAAGGCAAUGACAUUUACUUCAACAUUGACUUCAGUCCUCAGAGUGUUAGAUCAAUUCCCGACAGCCUUGGCCCCAGCAAAAAUGACAUUGGCCUCAACAACAUCUCUAGCUUCCAAAACAAUAACCCUGAUCUCCAGAAAGAUCCUAACUCUUACUAUAAUGCUAAUUCCAGUAAUGACACUGAUCACAACAAAGCUAUUAGUCCUAACAAUGAAGAAGACCUCAGCUAUGAUAUAGGACCCACUAACACUGCAGGUCAUAGUUAUAAAGCUGCUCCAAACUAUAACACAUACCUUGACUAUGUCCCAGAAUUUAUACAUGUAGUCUUCUCUAGCUCUGUAGUCAACCUAAACUAUAUUGACAGAAGCAGUUAUGUUAUUAGACCCAACUCUGCAGCUAGUACUAUCAAGACAACAGACACCAACAACAUCACUACUUGUACUUGUGCUGUUCCCCAUACAUAUUCUGCUAGAACCUUUUAUAUCUCAGGCACUACCUAUAUUCCUAGAUAUACUCAUUUCAUUGGCUCUAGUACUAUCAUCAACCCCAAUUGCAACACUAUGAAUAAUCAUUAUGCACCUUAUUUUGCUACUAGCAGCAAUAAUAAAAGUAGUUUUCUCCUGGACCCUGAAUUAGAAAUCAGUCCUUUGUCCUCCAUCACUAAUACUAUUUAUAGACACAUUUUCAGUUUUACCACCAACAGAAAGUAUAUUUCUAUUCCCAGUUGUUUCACCACAUUAAAAUUUUAUGAUCCAUCUAAACUUGGAAGGAAUUAUGCAAAGUGGGAUAGCAAAAAAUUUGGUGCUCUCCUUAAAGAUUCUACUGGCUCCAUGGACUUUACUAGCUUUAAGUAUCUCACUGAGUCCAAGGAUAUCCUUGAUGCCAAGGAAUCUGAAAUUUUUAAAUAUUUCUGCACAUUACAGAAUUCUUUUGGCGUCAAAGAUACUGCCAGUUUAAAAUUUCAUUCCAAUCCAAAUAGUCCACUCUCUAGUUCUGGUAUUGUAGUCGAAGCUCAGCCAUCAGAUGUUUUGAAGUUUGGCAAAUCAUCAGGUGCUGUGAAUCAAUUGUUUAAGCUGCUUGACAAGUACAGUGGUGCUCUGAAAACCGAAGGUGGAGCUUUGGGAGGACCUAUAGAGAAAACGCCUAAAAGAUCUGAUAAACCAAUCUGGAGACCAGCAAAGGGAUCUGCAGCAGCACCUGGAGGAGGACAAGCUGUGAAAUCUGAACUAGGCCUUUCUAUAAAUCCUGGAAAAGGACGGGCUGAGAGACAGGCUAGGGGACAUCCUCUGAGUCCUACAAGAGGAGUUGCUGUGAAUCCAGCAAGAAGCUAUGAUGUGCGCUUUGUAAGGAGCCGAUCUGUGAGUCCUUCAAAACUUCCUGCUGUGAGUCCUUCAAAAGGUCGUACUGUGAAUCCUUCAAAAGGCCGUGCUGUGAAUCCUUCAAGAGGCCGUGCUGUGAGUCCUCCAAGAGGCCGUGCUGUGAAUCCUUCAAGAGGCUACGCUGUGAGUCCUCCAAGAGUCCAAGCCAUGAAUCCUUCAAGAGGCCGUGCUGUGAGUCCUCCAAGAGGCCGAGUUGUGAUUCCUUUAAGAGGCCGUACUGUCAGUCCUCCAAGAGGCUAUGCUCUCAGUCCUCCAAGAGGCCGUGCUGUGAGUCCUGCAAAAGCACCUGCUAAGAGACAUAGUAGGGAACGUGCUUUGAGUCUGGGAAGAGGAUGUGUUGAGAGAAAAGGUAGGCGCUGUACCGUGAGUCCUCCAAGAAGACAUGCUGUGCGUCCUAAACAGGAAUGUGCUCUGGGGCCUGCUUUCAUAAGACCUCCCACAACAUAUGAAGGGAAACUCAUUCUGGGCUCUGCAAUUGGAGUUACUGUGAGGCCAGCAGAAGGAUUUGCUGAGGAAACUUCUAGAAAUGCAAAACGAUCUGGCCGGUCUUCUGAUAACAAUGAAGAUGAAAGCAAUUCUUCAAUUUUGACGGAUACCAAGGCUGAUGGUUUUAUAUAUCUUCCUGAAUUCCGAAUUGACUUAGCUCCACACUGCAGAAGAAACCAACUACUCAUGUUCCAAACUUAUGCUCCGAUGGAAUUUAUAACUUAA